UAUGCAUGUGGUAUUAUAGAUAAAUUAGUUUUCUGUCGUUUAGUAAGGGUGGUUUCUCUGAGCUUGGUAUGAGUCAUAAAGCGUCCAGAUAUGUUUUAAAUGUCAAAAAUUGGUCUUGGACAGCGUAUUAUCAUCUAACCCACUAGAUGGCAAUCACACCAAAAAAUAGUAACUUCAUAGCUCCUAGAGAGCGUCUUUCUAAAUUGUUAUGGUUGACACAAAGUUCUUUUGUAAAAUACUAUCACGAUUAUUUGAUUUGGGAAUAAUCCUAAAACUAAAACACUGAAGAGAAAAGAAAAAUAAAAGCAGAGACUUAUAAAUGCUGUAAUAAUUCAAAAGAUGUUUUGGAUUCUCCAGGCUCUGAGGGAAAGCAGCUGUGACGUAUAUGGCUGUGCUUCCUUCUGAUUGGCUAAAAGUUAUGUUGGGCACGUCCACUAUAAAAAGUAAAUUUACCAAACGGAUUUUUUUACAGUCCAUACUCAACUCAACUCUUUGUAUCCUAAUCUGGUCCAGCAUGCGUUUUAUUUAGGAUCAGUGAUCUUGAAUUUUUUUCGUUUUCGUAUUAGUUUUUUACUUGAAUAGGCUACCAUAUAACGUUAGUAGUAACUAUUUCUUUGCGAACACAUUUGUUCAUAUUCAGUCAGAAUGUCUCAUAGCUGUCGUCUGUUCUGUGGUUUUUUAAUGAGCUGCAUCGGCUGGAGUUGUAUUAUAAUAGCGACCUCAACUAACGACUGGGUGCUGAGCUGUAAGUACGGCAUGCACACCUGCAGGAAGAUGGAUGAGCUGGAGACCAAGGGCUUGUGGACCGAGUGUGUCAUCUCUACUGCUCGAUAUCACUGCAUCUCACUCAACCAGAUCCUCGAUAUACCAGCUUACAUCCAGACGUCGCGCGCUCUGAUGGUCUCCGCCUCUUUACUCGGACUGCCCGCUCUGGCGCUCGUGCUGCUCGCGAUGCCAUGCGUCAAACUGAGCCAAGAGAGCGAAGACACCAAACACAGACGCGCAGUCCUGGGAGGACUCCUUAUACUGUUCAUAUCUCUGUGUGGGAUGGUGUCCACGGUGUGGUUCCCUAUUGGUGUGCUUCAUGAAGAUGGCCUGAUGUCGUUCGGAUUCUCUCUGUAUGCUGGCUGGAUCGGUUCAGCCCUUUGUUUUUUUGGCAGCUCGGUGAUGAUUUGUUGCUCAAGGGGUGAUGACCCAAGUCAAAAUCUUGAAAACCGCUACUACUACUCAAAACACAGUGGGGUUACUAACUCCGGCCCUUCUAUAAACAGUCACGCCAAGAGCGCACAUGUGUGAGAGUGAAGACACCCUGGAUGAGACCGCAGGCGCCUUACCUCAAGAUUUGAACACGCGCCAAUGAACUAUGUGAAGAAUUUGUUUUCUACUGCCAUAGUUUGACUGCAAACAUGUGAAAAUUUGGCGGGAACAAAGAAUUCAGUGGAAACUUUGUUUUUUUGUGCUAAAACUCAGACGUUUGAACAUUUAAAGGCUUUGUUUGAACAGAUGUUGAAAUGAAUCCAAAGGGAAACAGCUCUCUUCUCCCUAGGCAUUUCAUUUUUCAUUGACUUUACAGUAUUUACACAGUAUUCAUUUUGCUUCUAUAUUUUUUAUUUUUACCAGUGACUUUUAUUUUAUCUUGUGUAAAAGUUGUGAAUAUAAGCUUAUUAGCUCAUGCCAACAUUUAGGAAAGUAUGUACACCCAGACAGACGGAUAAAUAGAUAGAUAGGCGGACAGGAAAGCUGUGUGGUUGAAUGACCAGAUGUCUUUUGCACUGUUUUCCUGGAGAUCUCCUCACAGCUUCCUGCACACAACCUCCUAGGAAAUCAGCAUUUGAAAUUUGACAUUUGAAAUAUCUGUAACAGGAAAUCCGCUCAUUUUAUAUGGUCUCAUAAGGUCGGUGAUUGAUUUAUUGUGGUAAUGCAUUUUUUUUUUUUGUGCUGUUUGGGAGUUGGAGGACAUAAUCAUAUACCGUCUACUUUGUUUGUUAUGCAUAUUACUUUUUCAAAAUCAUCAAGCAAUCUCAUAAUACACAAAUUUAAUGUGUCU